UCACAGCCCACGUCCAGAUAUCCUUCGGUCAAGUUCGACCAGCACUUAACCUUGAAGUAAAGAUAUUUCCGACAUCAGCUGAGGAACGCGUCAAGCUGCGCUGACCUAAGCCGCUUUGCGGGACAGCCCUUCCAACGAAACAUGCAGCGAAUCAGGAAUUUCUCCGUCUCCAAGCGCGCCAAUUCUCCACCUGCCGCUCUCCGCCUCCCGCCGAGCGUAGUCUUCGGGCCUUAUUCACACCCAGGGUGGAGUUUCGACCGAGGAAAGUUGCUCAUUAACGAAGAAUCCCUCGAUGCAUCGCAACCCCUCAAUCUGCUCCCGCAGAUGCCAAGGCAUGGCACGGAGGAAAUUACAACUAUCAGGGGCGAUAUGAGGUCUACACGUAGGGUAUAAGAUGUGCUCCUAAUUAUCAGGUUGCGAUCGACUCCGAGCUCAGUCUUCAUUGUUUCUUGUUGCCACUUCGAAAGUUUCAGAGGUCGAUCAGUAUGCGCGUGUCCACGGUUCUUCUCGCCAGUGCGACGGCAGCUGCCGCUGCACCUACUAAUGUGACGAGCUUCUACUCAACAUGGAUGGCAGACUCUUUCCUGUCCAAGAAGCACCCAAUCGACAAUCACUAUGUCUCCAAUGUCAUCAACGAAGGCAUAAGGAAGGCAGCGCUCGCACACAAGAAUGCGACUCUGCUCUCAUGGGCCUCCAAAGCAAUCUCCUCUAUCGUGGAUGCCAAUGGUACCAUCAAGAACUGGGACCCGUACUACUACUCCCUGGAUGACCAGCGCCUCGGUAACAACAUCCUUUACUUCUGGGAUGCGGAAGGCCGCAAGGAGAAGAAGUACGAGAUUGCGGCAGCUUCGUUGAAGGCUCAGCUCGACCGCUUCCCGCGAAAUGAUGAAGGAGGCUUCUGGCAUCGGUCUCCUACAUACCCUAACCAGAUGUGGCUCGAUGGCAUCUACAUGGCCGAUCAAUUCUACGCGCAGUACACGGCGUAUUUCCAGCCUGACAACACGACGGCAUGGAACGAUAUCAUCCUGCAAUUCGACCUGAUCGAGAAGCACACGAGGAACCAGACGACCAACUUGUUGGCCCAUGGAUAUGACGGGAGCAAGAAAGCUGUUUGGGCAGACCCUGUCACGGGGGCAGCGCCGCACGUGUGGGAUCGUGCGGUUGGCUGGUACUUUAUGGUGCUUGUCGAGGUUCUCCAAAUCUAUCCCAAGGAACUGCCCGGGUACGCGCGCCUCCUGGGCUACUUCACGAGCCUCGCGGCAGGUUUGAAGAAGGCGCAGGACAAGAGCGGCGGCUGGUGGCUCAUCAUGGAUGAGCCUUACCCUGGAGCGAAGGGCAACUACAUCGAGUCCAGCGGUACGGCCAUGUUCACGUACGGAUUCUUGAAGGGAGUGCGUACCGGCCUGUUGGACAGCCAGUACAAGCAACCGGCAAUCAAGGCGUACGAUCUUAUGAUUGAGAAAUUCAUCAAGUAUGAGACGAAUGGAACGCUCAGCUGGGAGGGCACGGUGUCGGUUGGAAGUCUGGGCUCGAACGGCAGCUACGAGUAUUAUAUCGGUGUACCGCUGGGUGAGAAUGACGGCAAGGGUGCGGGUAGCUUCAUGAUGGCGGCAGCGGAGUACGAGAUGCUAUAGCCACAUCAAAGCAAAUGCAAUGCAAAUCACAA